AUGCUCUCAAUCCCAUCGUCUCUGCGCCGUUUAUUUACCAUAAUAACUCCCACUCAAAGCAUCUUCCUUGGUGCCAAAUUAAUCCUUCUUCUUUCUCUACCGCAUCCCAUCGUCGAGGAGAAGAAAGAUGUCGAUUUUCUGCCAUUGGACCUGGUUCGUUGGCCGACGAGAACGACCAGCAUCGACCCCCCGUCAUCUUGCGUCCCUAGCAUCGAACAGCCACUCGUGAAUUGGCUUGGGAUUGUGGCAUAUAUAAGCUCCGUUGGCUUAUGUGUGUCCCUCAUCUUCCGUGUAAAGUGCCGCCCUCUCAGCCUAUGGUUAUAUCCACGAGCUGAAAUUGGCAUGCUGUGUGCAGUGGUAUACCUUACCAAUCUUCCAAAUUUGGUCUUGAGGCCAUCCUGUGUCUCUCAUUUCCUUGCGGCCAACCUCAGCCACGCGUUCCAUAUUCUCCAAACCACCUGCGGGCUCCUUGCGUCCAUCGUCGCCGAGUCGUACUACGGACGGUAUACUGUCAACCUGAACGACAUCCUCCUCUUCGCUUCUAGUCACGCAUCUUGGAUUGUCCUACGCACCCCACUUUGCCGCUUGCGGAGACAAAUUCUCGCAACAUCGGUUGGGUCGCGACUUCUGGCCAUAUUCUUCAUACUACCGACUUUUCUGGACUUGUGGUGCAACCCACUCUCCCAAGAAUUGACCUUAACUCUACUGUAUGGGCUCAGUUGGCGCAUUGGCCGGUCCGCGCCCUACCAAGAACUCAUGUCGGUUGACUGGGACCCCGAGCUUAUAUCUCUCCUCGUUGCUCCUAUCAUGAUUUAUCUUUUCCUUCACGUGACCCAUCUUGCGACGACAAGCUUUGUCCGUCUCAUCCACGCAACAAUUUCGACAAUCUGGUCUGGGCCCUUUGAAUGCUUCGUACUCGUCAUUCAUACGAUGGCUGUCGCAGGAUGCUGCGUUCUUUCCAUGGUCCCGCGGCUUGUUUUAUGGAUGGUGGCCUACAUUGUCUACAUGCCGUACCUCCACAUCUUAUGUGGCAUCUGGCUCCCGCGCUCUAUCCGCCAACCAGCCAUUGACGCGCUCUCCGACAAUGUUGCUCUUUGGAUAGCAGCCCAGUUCCACUGCAUCCUCCAUCCUAAUGUGAAGACCGGCCUACUCUGGCAACACAUAUCGUGGCUCCGUCUUCUGCUUGCCGUUGGACCCCCAAUAUUUUGUUUCGUAUAUUGUGAAGCUGCCAUCACUGUUCGCAAGCUUAAACGCCUCUGGGGACUUCUGGUCCGACAUUAA